AUGGUCAAACUCGACGCCCGCGGCUACAUCGCCAUCGUAGAAAUCGUAAUUUAUGCCCCCCUUCUCCUGGUCAUUAUCCCCGUUGUGUUCCGCAAUGGCUUCGCCCGCAAGGCCGGGUGGAUAUAUCUGCUACUGCUCUCCAUCUUCCGCAUUGUCGGCGGUGUGACACAUAUCCUGUCAGAACAAAACCCCACAGACAAGACGCUACAAACCGUAUACACUGUCACGGAGUCUGCGGGCCUCUCACAAUUACUUAUAGCUACAUGCGGCUUUCUCGGGACAGUCACGCAGCACUCCCUCGACCAGAGGGCUUUUGUGAAGACUGGGUUGUUGCUUCUAGAGCUGCUCGGCACUGGGGCACUCGUGCUGGUUGUCAUCAGCGGAACCAAGAGCGGGAAUGCGAAGACUCAAUCGCAACUUGACCAGGCCACGACCUUCCGGCACAUUGGCAUCAUCGUCUUCGGCGUGCUCUACUUCACCCUCGUGGGUGCGACCGCGUUCUGCUGGAUCAAUCGCCAAACGAUCCCCAAAUACCGCCGCAAGCUCCUGCUCGGGAUCGCCUGCGCACUCCCCUUCCUCGGCGUGCGCGUCCUCUACGGCAUCCUCUCCGCCUUUGUACCCUCCCAACUCGGGUUCGACGCCGAAGGGCACCUCGUGCUGAUGCUGCACCCGUCGUCGCUCAGCAAGUUCAGCACGACGACGGGCAGCUGGGCGCUCUUCCUCACGAUGAGCGUCGCGAUGGAGUACGCGGUCGUGCUCACGUACACCGUCGUCGGCAUCCGCACGCCGCUGCACAAGGACACGGACGACGCGCAGGCGCGCGGCGACUACGUGCGCACGCCGACCGUCGCCGUCUCGUUCCCCCCGGCUGUGGGUACCGGCUCGUCCGGCCGGUGGGCUGCGUCUGACGAGUUCAAGAGUGGUGGUGGGUAUGCGACAGAGACCGGCGGGUAUGCACCCCAGCGUGGCGGAUACGCGUAA